AUGGCCUCCAAUUGUAGUAUCUGUGGUGUUUGUGAAAUUCUUCAGAUUACCAAAUAUUCAGUAGUGUGGUGUUCUGAAUGUGUCCAAGGACUUUGUGGCGAGUGUCAGAAUCAUCACGCUGUCUCCAAGGCAACAAAAAGCCAUGAAACUGUUUCUAUCAACAAAUACAAAAAGUUUCCGACCAAAGUUCUGCAAAUUGCUCAGAAUUGCAAACUUCAUAAUAAGAUGUACGAGGUGUUCUGUAGAAAACACGAUUGUCCAUGCUGUAAACAAUGUGUGAAAUCUCACAACAAUUGUGAAGGUUUAACUGACUUAAAUAAAAUCAUAAAAAACGUAAAAACCUCAAGCGCCGUUAAUGAAAUAGAACAAACCUUGCUAGAAGUCGUCGAUAAUAUUAGACGACUCAGUGCUAACAGGAAAGCCAAUUUAAAAUGCUUAGAAAACAAGAAAAGUGAAAUUGAAGCAGAAAUAAAACAAAUCAGGAUGAAAAUAAAUCACCACCUUGAUAAACUUCAGGAAGACUUGAUUAAAGCAUUAAUGAGAGUUGAAGAAUUAGAAAAGAGAAAAAUAAAAAAAAUAUUGACUUCUCUAAAAAAGAAGGAAAAGGAUAUAGCUGAAGUACAAGACAACUUUGCUAGUAUUAAGCAACAUGCGUCAGAACUCCAAACAUUUCUAACAAUGAAGGACAUCGAGAAAGAUAUUGCAUGCGAAGAAAACUUUAUUCAAUCGAUCGCCAUAAGUGUCUCCUUAAAUCAGGUCAAUAUUUCAUGUCAGAUUGACAAAUCUUUACAGAAAAUAACAGCCAAUGUACCGAAGUUUGGAGAAAUUUCUGUCAGUUCUGAUCCAUGUGAUUUUUCCUUCCCAAAACGCAAGGACAAACAAGCCCAGAUUAUGGUAUCUCCUCCAACCAGAAAUAUAGAUAACCGGACACUGACAUUCCAGAAACAUAUCAAUACAAGGAUGUCAGACGUCUAUGGUUGUUCACUGCUUUCCGAUGAAAAAAUGGUAUUCUCCUCGUACACUGACAAUAACAUAAGAGUACUCACGUCUGACGGAUCGAAGGAUUUCGAAAUAAAGGAUAUUGGUCAAACAGUUGAUGUGGUAUCCAUUGGUGAUGAUUGUAUUGCUGUUACAUCGGGCAAGUCAAAUCAUAUUUUUAUAAUCGACUUAAGGAAGCAGAAACUGAAGAAAGCAAUAAAGGUUAAUUCAAAGAUUGAUGGAGUAGCUUACAAAGAUGGACAUUUGAUUUAUUGUGCCCGGGAGAGAGGAAUACAGAUGAUUAGACUGAAUGACGAAACCAAUACUUAUGUUAGCAAUAUUAAACUACCAGUGUUUGCGUACGUUACAACAUUCGGUGACAAAUUGUUCUACACAAAUUGUGAUGACAGCGUAACCUGCUGUGAUAACCAUGGUCACAUACUGUGGACGUUCUGUGAUAAAAGUGUUUUGCGGUCUCCACAAGGUGUUUCUGUAGACAAUGAUGGUAACGUGUAUGUAGUAGGACGUUAUACUAGCAAUGUUGUUGUUAUCGCUGCUGAUGGACAACACCACAGACAACUUUUAUCAAGUGAAGAUGGUCUGAGCUUCCCUUGGGCUCUGCAUUAUGACACGUCUACCAAUAAAUUGUUAGUUGCAAAUCCAUCAAAUGAAGCGUUUCUGUACGAUGUUAAAUGA